ACUCUUUCUUUUUCCUCGCCCUCCCCCACCUCUCCGUCUUUUUUUUCCUGUAUCGGAUAAUGUGGACCUUCAAAGCGCACGGAGUAUGACAAAAGAUUUUAGGAUGCUGGACUUGUGCUGCUCGUUUUGUUCCUCUCUUUUUACUUAAAUGCCAACACGGUGAAUGCGUCGGACAGAGUGGACGAGCCUGCUGCCAGUUGUCCGCAUUCAGAAAGUCAGCAUCUUGUCUUUCUUGAUUUUAUUUUCCUCUGGAGCGACUUCAGAAGGAUGUAACGACCGAUCCACCUUUGCGCAGCCGAAGUCUCCUCAUCAAAAUGCAGAAGGGAAUACGACUUAAUGAUGGUCAUGUCACCUACCUGGGGCUUUUGGCGAAAAAGGAUGGUACGAGGCGAGGGUGCUUGAGCAAAAAGAGCUCAGACAACACGAAAUGGCACACAAAGUGGUUUGCUUUGUUACAAAAUGUGCUCUUUUAUUUUGAGAACGAGUCCAGCUCUCGACCCUCGGGAUUAUACCUGUUGGAGGGAUGCAUAUGCGACAGGGCGCCUUCACCCAAACCUUCACAGUCAGCCAAGGAGUGUUUGGAAAAGCAGUACUAUUUCACUGUCAGCUUCACCCAUGAAAACCAAAAGGCGCUCGAGUUACGCACAGAAGAUGUAAAGGACUGCGAUGAAUGGGUGGCUGCAAUAUCACACGCCAGUUACAGAAACUUGGCCAACGAGCAUGAGACUCUCAUGCAGAAGUAUCUUCAUCUGCUUCAGAUUGUGGAGACGGAGAAAACAGUUGCUAAGCAACUUCGACAACAGAUAGAAGAUGGGGAAAUAGAGAUUGAGAGGCUUAAGUCAGAGAUCGCCGGGCUGCUCAAAGACAACGAGAAGAUUGGCUCCAGCCCAGCGGCCGUCCCAACCGAUGACGACACAGAAAUCAAGAAAAUCAAAAAAGUCCAGAGCUUCCUGCGAGGCUGGAUCUGCAGGAGGAAGUGGAAGACAAUCAUCCAGGAUUACAUCCGCUCACCACAUGCAGAGAGCAUGAGGAAGAGGAACCAGGUGGUGUUUAGCAUGUUGGACUCGGAGGCCGAGUACGUCCAGCAGCUUCACAUCCUGGUGAACAACUUCCUGAGGCCGCUGCGCAUGGCGGCCAGCUCCAAGAAACCACCCAUCACUCACGAUGAUGUCAGCAGCAUCUUCCUCAACAGUGAAACUAUUAUGUUUCUACAUCAGAUAUUUUACCAGGGUCUAAAAGCCAGAAUAGCAAGCUGGCCGACAUUAGUGCUGGCCGACCUGUUCGACAUCCUGCUGCCCAUGCUGAACAUCUACCAGGAGUUUGUGAGGAACCACCAGUACAGCCUGCAGAUCCUGGCUCACUGCAAGCAGAACCGUGACUUUGACAAGCUGCUGAAGCAGUACGAGGCCAAGCCCGACUGCGAGGAGAGGACUCUCGAGACCUUCCUCACCUACCCCAUGUUCCAGAUUCCCCGCUACAUUCUUACGCUCCACGAACUUCUGGCCCACACACCCCAUGAACAUGUAGAGAGAAACAGUCUGGACUACGCCAAAUCUAAGCUGGAGGAGCUUUCCAGAAUCAUGCACGACGAAGUGAGCGAGACUGAAAACAUCAGGAAGAACCUGGCGAUAGAGCGUAUGAUUGUAGAGGGCUGCGAGAUUCUCCUCGACACCAGCCAGACAUUCGUGAGACAAGGGUCUCUCAUCCAGGUGCCGAUGAGCGAGAAGGGCAAGAUCACCCGUGGGCGACUGGGCUCUCUGUCUCUGAAGAAGGAGGGGGAGAGGCAGUGCUUUCUCUUCUCCAAGCAUUUAAUCAUCUGCACCAGGGGUUCUGGGGGAAAGCUUCAUCUCACCAAGAAUGGAGUAGUCUCGCUUAUAGACUGCACUCUUAUGGAGGACCCGGAGGGGACAGACGAUGAGUCCAAAUCAGACAAGAGCGGCCAGGACAUGGAGCACCUGGACUUCAAGAUUGUCGUGGAGCCAAAGGACAGCCAGUCAUUCACAGUCAUCCUGGUCGCCUCCUCGAGGCAGGAAAAGUCUGCAUGGACCAGUGACAUCAGCCAGUGCAUAGACAACAUCCGCUGCAAUGGCCUGAUGAUGAACGCCUUCGAAGACAACUCCAAAGUCACAGUGCCACAGAUGAUCAAGUCAGAUUCAAGUCUGUAUUGUGAUGAUGUCGACAUCCGCUUCAGUAAGAUGAUGAACUCCUGCAAGGUGCUGCAGAUCCGCUACGCCAGCGUUGAGCGCCUGCUGGAGAGACUGACCGACCUUCGUUUCCUCUCCAUCGACUUCCUCAACACCUUCCUGCACUCCUAUCGCGUGUUUACCACCGCCGAUGUGGUGCUAGACAAGCUCAUCACCAUCUACAAGAAGCCCAUCAGUGCCAUCCCUGCUCGGUCCCUGGAGUUAUUCUUUGCCAGCAGUCAGAACAGUAAACUCCUGUAUGGAGAGCCUCCCAGCUCCCCCAGGGCCAGCAGAAAGUUCUCCUCCCCACCUCCUCUCGCUAUCGCCAAGAAUUCAUCCCCAAACCGCCGGCGCAAGCUCUCCCUCAACAUCCCCAUCAUCACUGGGGGCAAAGCUCUUGACCUGGCUGCCCUCAGCUGCUCCUCAAAUGGCUAUGCAAGCAUGUACUCAUCCAUGUCCCCAUUCAGCAAGACCACCUUGGACAUCAACAAACUGUAUGUGUCCAGCCCCAUCUCCAGCAAAAUCCCAGAUGAGGGAGAGGACAAGAAGGACAAAGUGGAGGACGCUUCAGUGUGCAAACAAGAUCUCUCUGUACGAGAAGAAAGUGACAACGAUCAAAACCAGAGUGAUGACGGGGACGCAGAGGCCUCUCCCACCAAGUCACCAACCACCCCGAAAAACAUCAAAUGCAAAAACUCCUCAGAGUUCUCCCUGUUUUCCUACAACAAUGGCAUGGUGAUGUCCUCGUGUCGAGAGCUGGAUAACAACCGCAGUGCCCUGUCUGCUGCCUCAGCCUUUGCUAUUGCUACAGCUGGAGCCAAUGAGGGCACACCUACCAAGGAAAAAUAUCGGCGGAUGUCCCUCGCCAGCACUGGUUUCCCAACAGAUCAGAGAAAUGGAGACAAGGAGUUUGUGAUCAGACGAGCAGCGACCAACAGAGUCCUGAAUGUGCUGCGGCACUGGGUGUCCAAACACUCUCCGGACUUUGAGAGUAACAAUGAGCUGAAGACAAAAGUUAUUGCCUUCCUGGAGGAAGUGAUGCACGACCCUGAGCUGCUGACCCAGGAGAGGAAAGCAGCAGCAAACAUCAUCAGGACUCUAACUCAGGAAGAUCACGGUGACAAUCAGAUCACCCUUGAAGACGUGACACAACUGGUGGGAGAAGGGAAGGCCGAGCCCUUUGAGAACCACUCUGCGUUGGAGAUCGCAGAACAGCUCACUCUGCUGGACCACCUGGUGUUUAAGGUCAUCCCAUACGAGGAAUUCUUCGGACAAGGCUGGAUGAAGAAUGACAAAAAUGAGAAGACGCCGUACAUCAUGAGAACAACAAAGCACUUCAACGAUAUAAGCAACCUUAUUGCCACAGAGAUCCUGCGCUGUGACGACGUGGUCACUCGAGUGGUGGUCAUAGAGAAAUGGGUGGCUGUGGCUGACAUCUGUCGCUGUCUCCACAACUACAAUGCCGUGCUCGAGAUCACCUCCUCCCUUAACCGCAGCUCUGUCUUCCGCCUCAAGAAGACCUGGCUCAAGGUUUCCAAGCAGACGAAAGCAUUGAUUGACAAGCUGCAGAAGCUGGUCUCAUCAGAGGGGAGGUUCAAAAACCUGAGAGAGGCUUUGAAGAACUGUGAUCCUCCCUGUGUGCCCUAUCUGGGGAUGUACCUUACUGACCUGGCUUUCAUCGAGGAGGGAACACCAAACUACACUGAAGACAACCUGGUCAACUUCUCGAAGAUGAGAAUGAUUUCUCACAUCAUCAGAGAAAUCAGGCAGUUUCAGCAAACAGCAUACAAAGUUGACCUGCAACCAAAGGUAGCCCAGUAUCUACUGGAUAAUAGCUUUGUUCUGGAUGAAGAAAGCAUGUACGAAGCCUCACUCAGAAUUGAGCCUAAAGUGCCCAACUGAUGAGGAAGCUGGUCGUCCACAUUAUCUCCUCUGUUAAUAUUACACAUCAGUUAACAUACACAUCAACUUUUGUAUAGUUGUACAUGUUUAAGAUAUUUGCUCUUCUGUACAGUAGAUGUUUAAGGUUGUUUGACGUCACAAAACCUUUCAGUGUAUAUUUUUUGUUUGUUAUUGUUGCCAUGACGCCACCUGCUUUAAGGAUUUAUUUUUUAUUUUUGGGGGGUAUUUCGAGCAUAA